AUGAAGUUCGUGUCGCUGUUACACCUCCUGUCUUUUAUCGGCUCAGGUUAUGCCUGUGGCGGUCAUCAUGAUGAGAAGGAAUGGAGUAGUGAAGAAUUAGCAGAAUUGGAGGCGAAAUGGGGGCACGAGUGGUCGUUCAAUGGCAUCGGGUCAUUUGCUCACCUGGAUUAUGUCAAAUGUCUCACCAACCCUCAAGAGAAAUAUGACAUUGCCAUCAUCGGAGCGCCGUUUGACAACGCCGUUUCUUUCAGACCGGGCGCCCGAUUUGGCCCCAGAGCCAUCAGACAAGCGUCUUCGCGCCAGACUUCAUUACGCGCAUUCAACCCUCGCGCCAACAUCAACCCGUACCAAAAUUGGGCAAGGAUUGUUGACUGCGGAGAUAUUCCUAUAACUCCCUUUGAUAACAAUAUUGCAACAGAGCAAAUGACUCAGGCAUUUAAGAAUCUUGGCAGAGCUCGGCCUAUAAGCUCCUUGAGUCAAGGUAAACCGAAGCUCAUCACUCUUGGCGGUGAUCACAGUUUGGCGCUUCCCGCUUUGAGGUCCUUGAAUGAGAUUUAUGGUAGGCCCGUUCGUGUGCUUCACUUUGACGCUCAUCUGGACACUUGGGAUCCUGCUGCGUACCCAUCCGCUUGGGGCUCAACACACUUCACCCAUGGCUCAAUGUUUUGGAUGGCUAACCAAGAGGGUCUGCUAUCUAAUUCAUCAACCGGCCAGUCUGUCCAUGCUGGUUUACGUACCCGCCUCAGCGGUACGGAUUGGGCAGAUCACGAAUCCGAUACCGCUCAGAACUGGGUUCGCUUUGCGGCUGAUGAGAUUGACGAUAUUGGCACCAAAGGUAUCAUUGAUGGUAUUAUGUCGGUGUUAGGAACUGAAGACCCUGUAUAUCUGUCUGUCGACAUCGACGUAUUGGAUGUUGCUUUCGCACCGGGUACUGGAACUCCGGAGCCUGGUGGUUGGACUACCCGGGAGCUUAUCAGGAUUUUGAGAGGCAUCGAGGGCUUGAAUAUUGUUGGUGCUGAUAUAGUCGAAGUCAGUCCAGCGUACCAGGGAAGAGGUGAGGAGACUGCAUUAGCAGCAGCACAAGUCGUCUAUGAGAUUCUAAGCUCUAUUGUCAAGAAAGGGUUGGAGAAUGGGCUUAAAGGAAAGGAAGGGAAUGAAAAGGAUGAGCUGUAA